CGGGCCCGGGGCAGCCAUGGACCGCGUGAGCAGCACUAUGAAGCAGGUGUCCAACCCGCUGCCCAAGGUGCUGAGCCGGCGGGCGGGCGGCGGCGGCCUGGAGGCGGAGCGGGAGAGCUUCGAGCGCGCCCAGACCGUCAGCAUCAAUAAGGCCAUUAAUGCACAGGAAGUGGCUGUCAAGGAGAAACAUGCCAGGACGUGCAUCCUGGGCACACACCACGAGAAGGGAGCGCAGACCUUCUGGUCAGUGGUGAACCGGCUGCCGCUGUCCGGCAACGCCGUGCUCUGCUGGAAGUUCUGCCAUGUCUUCCACAAGCUCCUCCGGGAUGGACAUUCCAAUGUCCUGAAAGACUCUGUGCGAUACAAGAAUGAGCUGAGUGACAUGAGCAGGAUGUGGGGCCACCUGAGCGAGGGCUACGGUCAGCUCUGCAGCAUCUACCUCAAACUGCUGAGAACCAAGAUGGAAUUUCACAUCAAGAAUCCCCGAUUCCCUGGAAAUCUGCAGAUGUCUGACCGGCAGCUUGAUGAGGCUGGGGAGAAUGAUGUCAAUAACUUUUUUCAGCUGACGGUGGAGAUGUUUGACUACCUGGAGUGUGAGCUGAACCUCUUCCAGACAGUGUUCAGCUCUCUGGACAUGUCUCGCUCAGUGUCAGUGACAGCAGCAGGGCAGUGCCGUCUGGCCCCGCUCAUCCAGGUGAUCCUGGACUGCAGCCACCUCUAUGACUACACUGUCAAGCUGCUCUUCAAGCUCCACUCCUGUCUGCCAGCAGAUACACUGCAGGGCCACCGGGAUCGCUUCCUGGAGCAGUUCCGAAAGCUCAAGGACCUUUUCUACCGCUCCAGCAACCUGCAGUACUUCAAGCGGCUGAUUCAGAUCCCGCAGCUGCCAGAGAACCCUCCCAAUUUCCUGCGUGCCUCUGCACUGUCAGAGCACAUCAGCCCUGUGGUGGUGAUCCCCGCCGAGGCGUCCUCGCCGGACAGCGAGCCCAUCACAGACCUGGUGGAGAUGGACGCAGCCUCGCAGAGUCUGUUUGACAACAAGUUUGAUGACAUCUUUGGCAGCUCCUUCAGCUGUGACCCCUUCAACUUUAACAGCCAGAAUGGGAUGAACAAGGAUGACAAGGACCGGCUAAUUGAGCAGCUUUAUGGGGAGAUCACAGCCCUGAAGGAGGAGCUGGAGAACUUCAAGGCUGAGAGCGCACGGGGUGCAGUGCAGCUGCGUGGCCGUGCCAGCGAGUUGGAGGCUGAGCUGGCCGAGCAGCAGCACCUGAAGCAGCAGGCACAGGACGAGAGUGAGUUCCUGCGUGCAGAGCUGGAGGAGCUGAAGAAGCAGCGGGAGGACACAGAGAAGGCUCAGCGGAGCCUGACGGAAAUUGAGAGACGGGCACAGGCCAACGAGCAGCGGUACAGCAAACUGAAGGAGAAGUACAGCGAGCUGGUGCAGAACCACGCUGACCUGCUGCGCAAGAAUGCGGAGGUUACCAAGCAGAUUACAGUGGCCCGGCAGGCCCAGGGGGAUGUGGAGCGGGAGAAGAAGGAGCUGGAGGACUCCUUCCAGCGAGUGAGCGAGCAGGCACAGAGGAAGUCUCAGGAGCAGGCGGAGGUGCUGGAGACACUGAAGCGAGAGCUGGCAGCCAGCAGACAAGAGUUGCAGGUCCUCCAGGGCACGCUGGAGUCCAGCACACAGGCAGGAGCAGAGCAGAACACUCGGAUUGCCAGCCUGGAGCAGGAGAGGGACAGGCUGAGCCAAGCAGCAGAGCAGCACAGGGACAAGAUGGCAGCUCUGCAGGCUGAGCUGCAGCAGCUGCGGGACACGCUCACCCACGAGCAGGAGAGCAGCAGGACAGAGCUGGAGAUGCUGCAGACCCAGCUGAGAGACAAGGAGAGCAUGGAGCGGGUGCUGCAGCAGCGCCUGGCCGAGGAGCGGCUGUCCCUGCUGCAGAGCACCGCACGCCAGGCCGAGUGCAUGGUGCAGGAUGCCCUGGCUCGCAUGGAGGAUCCUGCUCAUAUCAGCUGCACCGGCUCAGCAGAUUGCCUCCUGUCCCAGACGCUGGCAGCCUCCGAGUGCGCAGAGCGGCUGAGGGAUGCACACAGCAAGUACCUUUUGGAUGGCGCAGCCGUGGGCUCCCUGCUGCCCCACCUGGCACUCUUCGCCCACCUGGUCAGCAACACCCUCCUGCAGGGCAGUGCGACCUCCCAUGUGGCCCCUGUGGAGCCUGCUGACCGUCUGCUGGAGCUGUGCAAGCAGUGUGGCAGUGAGACUGUGAGCUACCUCAGCGCCCUGCAAGACCCAGGGAAGGUCGCAAGUGCUGACUGCAGCCUGGUGACAGCCUACCUGGGCCAGAUCGGCGCCAUUGGGGAGGAGCUGCGUCCCAGAGGUCUGGACGUCAAGCAGGAGGAGCUGGGUGACCUAGUGGACAAGGAGAUGGCAGCGACGGCCGCGGCCAUCGAAGUCGCAUCUGCCCGUAUUGAGGAGAUGCUGAGCAAGGCACGGGCUGGUGACACUGGGGUCCAACUGGAAGUUAAUGAGAGGAUUCUGGGCUCCUGCACAGGCCUCAUGCAGGCCAUCCGUGUCCUGGUCCUGGCCUCCAAGGAUCUCCAGAGAGAGAUCGUGGAGAGCGGACGGGGUGCAGCAUCCCCCAAGGAGUUCUAUGCCAAGAAUUCACGCUGGACCGAGGGUCUCAUCUCUGCUUCCAAGGCAGUGGGCUGGGGUGCCACUGUCAUGGUUGAUGCUGCUGACCUGGUAGUGCAAGGCAAGGGGACAUUCGAGGAGCUGAUGGUCUGUUCCCGCGAGAUCGCGGCCAGCACCGCUCAGCUGGUGGCAGCCUCCAAGGUGAAGGCAGACAAAGACAGCGCCAACCUCUGCAAGCUCCAGCAAGCCUCCCGGGGUGUCAACCAGGCCACGGCCAGUGUGGUGGCCUCCACCAAGGCUGGGAGGUCUCAAGUGGAGGAGAAAGAUAGCAUGGACUUCUCCAGCAUGACACUCACCCAGAUCAAGCGUCAGGAGAUGGACUCACAGGUGCGGGUGCUGGAGCUGGAGAACCAGCUGCAGAAGGAGCGGCAGAAGCUGGGGGAGCUGCGCAAGAAGCACUACGAGCUGGCUGGCGUGGCGGAGGGCUGGGAGGAGGAUGCUGCAGAUUAGCACCAGUGGUAGAAGCAGCCCACAGGGGACACCUGGAACCCUGUGGGGAACACCCCUGGGACCCCACUUGGUGCAGUCUGUUGAGAAGAACCCCAAGGAAGUGGUGCAGAAGCCCCCCUGAAGCACACAUCCCCUGUGUCCCCCCAGGAGCCGCCUCCAGAACCAGAGCCGAGCCGCCAGCAAGACCCCAGGGCUGGGG